AUGUUUGCCACGGACGCGCGGGCCAAUGCGUCGGUCAGAUGGAACCCACGCGUCGAGGCGCGGCAGGGGGCCAAGGGAUGCUACGCCAUCCUGGGGGAAAACAUAUGUCUGCAGACGGAUGCGAAUCUGAACAGCUGCCAAGGCUGCAAGACGGCGUUAUCGGGGACUUCUUAUUCGGCUGCCAUUGGGGCUGGUCUCGCUGGGCACCUGUUGGACUUUUCCAGACAGCCGGAUUGUCGCGAGCGCAUCAGGAGGAGAAACAGCCUGGCGAAAGUGGAGGGCAUGGUGUCCGUCUUCUGGUCCAUGUGUGAAGGCAGUGAUAGGCAGGUGCCUUGCAUGACACCGUGGAAAUUGUUGCCGAAGCUUGGUGAAAAUGACCCCAACCCCGACAUGUGGACGGGGAAGGAGCAAGCACGAAACAGUAUUUGCGAAACCAUGUCGAGGGCGUUGGAGAAAACAUAUUAG